AUGGGCAUGAUAUUCUUGGUCAAGUCUUCUUCACUUCUUCACAGAAAGAAGCUUAUCAACGAAAUGGCUCUGACACCAGCGGAAAAGCAGCGUCGGUAUAGGCUGAAGUUGAAGCUGGACCCCGUAAAAAAUGAUGAAGCUAAAAAGAAACACCUUGAAAGAUACCACGCCAAAAAAAAACUAGUGAAAGAUAUGACUGAGCGAGAGCAUAGAGCUGCUAAACGUAGAUGGAAGAUUGCAAAUAAGAAACGGCGAGAACGACAAAAAGCUGCACAGCAACUGGUAGAAAACCCGCCUUCCACACCACGUUCAGGAACUCCAGAUUCUCCCAGGUGUAGAGGCCGGAAACCGGUGAGGCGCGACCGAUCUGCGUUAUAUAGACAGAAUGUGAAAUUACAGGAAGAACUGGAAAGACUAAAAAAGAAGUGUAAUAAGUACAAGAAGAGGUAUCAAAGGGCUAUACAGCCUAGGAUCAAUCCUGAUAACAAUAAAUAUUCUACAUUAUCAAAUGCUAUUAGGGUUCAUUACAAAGGACUGACAACAGUAAAAGAAAAGAGAGCUCUAAGACAAGUUUUCCACGGAGAAGCCAUACCAAAGUCAAAAAUGAAGACUGCUAUUGUGCGUGAGACUUUGGGCAUUGACCAGCUAAAACGAAAGCUGACUCUCUCCAAGAAAUCAAGGAGUUCUUUAAUCGCGACGAUGUUUCUAGAGCUACAGCGGGAGAGCGAGAAACUGUAA